CCCGGAAGCCUCUUAGAGGAGGGAUUCGUUCCCCAGACUCGCGCCUGCGGCCCCGCCUCGGUUGCCUAGGCGACGAAGGGCCGCAACUCCGGGGCGAGAUCCUGAGGAUGUCCAUGGGGACCACUCCCGGGGGGACGACCCCCGCGGCGACGACCCCGGCGGGAACCACACCCGAGUCGGAGAGAGAUGCUGAAUUCCAGGAACAUGAAAAGAUUCUGUCUCCAGAUUUUCUUUCAGCUGCUCAAAUCACUGAAAUGCUGGCAGAGGACAUAGAUGGAGUUCAACAAAAAUUGAAAAAGUUUUUGAAUUUCAAAAACCUUCACACCUGUCUAAAGGAAGCCAUUCUACUAGAUUAUUAUGUAUCUGGAUUUUUGUGGGCUAGAGGAAUGGAAUUUUCUGUUAUUCAAUAUUCAAAAUUUAUGACUUUACUAGAUAUGUUACUUCAUAAUCUUAGAACACUGCACAUGUCUUUGGAAGACAGCAUAAAAUGGCUUGGAGAAGUUAUGGCUGAAACAGGACCAUCACAUUCACAGAAAAAUGAGGAAUGGAAUGUCUUUAAUACAAAACAAGCCAAUGCUGUCAUCGAUUACUUAAAAAUCAGCUUAUUUCAACACUACAAGCUAUAUGAGUUUCUAUUCUACUCUACCAGGGAAGAAAUUGUGAUAGGAACUGAGCAAGUGUUAGAGGUUGUCAAGCCUUCAGGUGGUCUCUUCCCAGAUCCUCUAGAAGAAGGAAUUUCAUUUGAUAUUUAUUCAACAUUCAUAGAGACACCCCCAAAACUGGAUACAGAAAUGAAGGGAUUGGAUCAAGAACAAGGCCCUGAGGAAUCCCAGUCAGAAGCCAACACUUCCGCCGAGGAUCCUUUAGUGGGUUUCACCAUCAAGGAUAUAAAAGCAGUGUUGGAUCAAGUCACAGAUGAUAUUGUAAUUGGCAUUCAGACCGAGAUAAACGAAAAGCUGCAAAUACAGGAAGAGGCCUUUAAUGCACGAAUAGAAAAAUUGAAAAAGGCCUGAGGACCCAGUACAAGGAGAGCGAUGCUAAACUUCACAGAAACAAACACAACCAGCCAGAAUAAUAGACCCUCCUGAGCAGCUGAACUCCUUCAUUUUGUUGGGAGAGGAAAACCAAGACCCACAUUUUAUUAUCUGAAGUAAUUAGAAAAGUACUGGCCCCCAUUUCGCUAUCUCCUGUCCCAUAAUAGCCUCCAAAUUUAUGGCACUAAGGGUAAUAAGGACAUUUUGUAUACAAGAGUUUGGAGAAUUAUAUAUAAAAAUACAAUUACUUUUAUGGUACUCCUUUGACAUUUUGACUAAUAAAUGCUAUUCAUCUUCAGGGAGAAUGAAGCCAACUUUUUUAAAUAAGGAAAAAUAAUAAUAAUUUUAUCCAUAUUGACCCAGUGAGCUGCUGCAUUACUGGAGCCCUGUGAACAGAUACGACACUGCCAAGGAAAAAACAUGCUAAACAAUAGUAAUUAAAAUGCAUAUACUAUGGGUUUUUUUCUCCCCCUUAAAUCACUUGGUUUUCUUAUUUAAACGUUUCAGUGUGAAGCCAAUUUUCUGAAAUUAUAUAAUGCAGUUUGAAGCACUUUAAUUUAUUCUGUACUGUAUUUGUUAUUUCUAAUCUUGUUACUCUCCCAGGAGAAUACAUGACCUAUAUAAAAAGAAGCAAUGUAUAAAUGGUUAUUAAAGACCAACCUAUAUAUAGAUUGCAAAAAUCUUAAAUACAAAUCAAACUCACAGAGCUCUUAAAAUUAACUAUUAUAUUGCAGUAGAAUGAUUGAAAACAUCUCAAGCCCUUAAAUACGCUUAGUAAAAUAUGAUUUUAGAAGAAAAAUAUCCAUUUGCCAACUGAUUGUUUCAGGUUGGAUAAAUUAAAAUAAUAGCUAGAUCCUUUCCAAAUUUCUUAGACUUCAGAGUAUCUGAGAAUGGAGAGCAUUACUAGGAAGGGGAGAGUUCCUUCAAGAACUUUCUCGUUUAGGAGCGCCUGGGUGGCUC